AUGAACUAUCUGGGGCUUAUCCUGGACGGGAGACUAUCUUUCGAGGACUAUUUCUCGAGAGUGGCACGGAGAACGGAGCAGGCGGCCCUCUCCUUGAGCCGGCUCAUGCCGAAUAUGGGCAGACCGGGGAUCGUCACUCGUCGCCUUUUCGCGGGUGUCAUCGCAUCUAUUGCUCUUUAUGCUUCCCCCGUCUGGGUGGAACGGGUGAGGAAGGGGCGUACCAUACGCUCCGCACUGAGGGCUGCGGAACGCAGAAUCGCGGGGAGAAUAAUAUGCUCCUACAAGACGGUCUCCCAUGCGAUGUGCACCGCCCUUGCCGGUACACCACCGCUGGAGUUAACCGCGGAAUACCACGCGGAAACAUACUUUGAGGUCUCCAAGCUGAGAUCCCGGACGGGAUCUGUCGCUGCCCCUCCGGAUGAGGUGAGACAAAUCCGGGAGCGCGGCAGACUCAGAUUGCUCGACAGAUGGAGGUCAUGGAUUUCUGUCUCCGAGCAGCGAGGAAACGAGACGCUGGUGGCGCUUCGGGACUGCCUGCCGAGAUGGGUUGAGGCCAGGAUUGGCCUCACAUACCGGGCGACGCAGAUACUCACGGGCCACGGCUGUUUCGGCCGGUAUCUGCGUCGCAUCGGAAAAGAAACGACAGAACGCUGUUGGCAUUGCGUUGCGUCCAGGGACACAGCGUCCCACACCCUGGUGCGGUGCCCGGCUUGGGCGGCACAAAGGGCCUCCCUCAGGAAUAUAGUCGGCUCGGAUUUGUCGAUGGGCUCCGUAAUCAGGGCCUUACUAUCGGAGGAGGGAAGAGGAGCAUUCCUCUCUUUCGCGGAGAGGGUGAUGAGCGCGAAAGAGGCGAGUGAGAGAAUCAGGGAGGGCAUCCCAGCCGCGUCUGGUAGAUGA